AUGUUGCCACGGUUUCUAGUCGUUCUGUCAAUUCUUCUUCAACUUGUUGGUAGCACCUAUUUUACUGGUUCCGAGAGAUCACAGAAUGGUAUUCGUCUUAUGACAUUCAAUAUUUGGCAAUCUGGUAAGAAUGUCGAGAAUGGUCAGCAGAAAAUCGCCAAACACAUUUUGAUGGUGAAUCCGGAUAUUGUGGCACUUCAGGAAACAUAUGCUAAUGUGACGAAAAACUUAACCAUGAUGCUUGGACAUCCGUGGGUAGCUGUAGAACGAAACCAUGAGUACCCCGACACUGCAAUUCUUACUCGCCACGUCAUUGUCCCCAACACAAACCUCUCGACAUCUGGAGGCGUUGGAGUGAAGAUUAUGCUUCGCACAGGAUACAUGGUUCAUUUUUGGAGUCUUCACCUGGAUUACACUUCUUAUGGACCGUAUGCGGCUAACAAUAAACUAGUCAAUAGAAUUGAUCAGAUUUUGGCUGGGGAGAAUACGGAAUACGGUCGUGGUCCCCAGAUCUACGAGAUUCUGACUCUGCCAAUGAUGAAAAAGUGGAUGGAGAAGUCAGAUGACGUUCCGAUCUUCAUCGCAGGUGACUUCAAUGGGCCAUCACAUUUGGAUUGGACAGAACAAACAAAAAAGAUUCAUGGAGAUUGGGUGAUCAGGUGGCCGGCGACCAAAGAAUUAGAGGAUCGAGGAUUCACGGAUACUUAUAGAGAGAUCUAUCCCAAUGUUUUGACAAAUCCAGGAAUAACGUGGUCUACAGUGAACAAAUUCAACCCGGAGUGGAAUUAUACAAUCCCAGAACCACAGGAUCGAAUCGACUUUUUGUUUUACAAAGGACCCGUUGUCGCGGACCAAAUCAUGGCCUACAGUGGAUGCGAAAAACCAAAAAGAAUUCCGUUCCACGAACACAACGAUUAUCCAUCGGAUCAUUUUGCCGUUUUUGCCGACUACACUUUCAUAUAA